AUGAAGGUGCCAAAGACUAUCACUUACAAUAGUCUUGUUGAUCAAUUGUAUACUUUAAUCGGAGCUGACAAGUCUCGUAUUGAUCUUGACUUAAAUGUAAUCUAUCAUUUUGGAAGUAAAGGUAUCCCUCCAUCUUUGAUUAGUAAUGAUGAUGAUGUUGCUUUUUUUCUUGAUGAGAUAGGAACAUCUAUCAAUCAUCGGACACCCCUAUGUGUGUCUACUAUAGAGAAGAGAAGUAAUGAUCAUUUGGUUACUAAAACAUGUGAGUUGUAUACUAUUCCUCCAGUUGAAACCAAAGUGAAUGAUGAUUUUUGCAUUGAUGGCAAUGAAGACAGUUAUGAUAAUGAAAAUAUUGAUAGGUCUACUUGCAAUGAUGUACUUGUGAAGCAUAAUUUACAACAGUCAACCUCCAAUGAAGUAUUGAAGAGCCAUGAUUCCUCAAAUAAUAGAGGUCGUAAAGUAAGACAGGUUGGUGAAGAUAAUCUAUGGAGUACUCCACUUUUGUUGAAUCAAGGGGAAAAAGGCUCUACUUCAGCCUCAACAGCUCAAUUACUGACAUCUUCUUCGAGUAUCAAUUCGUGGGAAAUAAAAGAGGGUCAAAUAUUUGAGAACAAGCAAGAGUUGAAGAUGAAACUCCAUCUUUAUGCAUUAAAGAAAAACUUUGAGUUUAAAGUAAAGAAGUCUGCGAAAAAUAUAUGGUGUACAGUAUGUGUUGAUGAUAAAUGCAAAUGGAGAUUGAGGGCUACAAAAUUGGUUAAUUCCAAUAUGUCCGAGGUUCGUAAAUUUUUCGGUGAACACACAUGCUCAUUGGAUGUUCGACAUAAAGAUCACCGUCAGGCAUCCCCAUGGCUUAUUGGACAUGUCAUAAGGAGAAAAUUCGAGGGUGAUGAUGUUAAUUACAAGCCAAGGUCAAUUGUAAAAGAUAUGAGUUUAUCAUAUGGAGUUCAUAUAAGCUAUGCUAAAGCUUGGAAGUGUCGAGAGCAGGCACUGGCUUACAUAAGAGGUACACCAGAAUCAUCAUUUCAGAAACUUCCCUCAUUUCUAUACAUGAUGGAGCAAAAAAAUCCUGGAACUGUUACUCAUUUGCAGAUGGACAAUGAAGUAGUUGACUCAGAGAAUAAUGACUCAUGGUUGUAUUUUCUACUGAGGUUGAAGGAAGCGAUUGGUGAAGUGGAGAAUCUAGUAUUCGUGUCUGAUAGACAUACUAGUAUAGCAAGUGCCUUGACUAAAAUUUUUCCUGAGGCACACCACGGUGCUUGUAUACAUCAUGUUAGCAUGAAUAUCCGUGCGAAGUUCAAAACUGACCAUUGCCAUGAAGAAUUCUUCCUUGCAGCGAAAGCUUAUAGAAAGCGAGAGUUCUUACGCCAUUUUGAGAAGAUUAAAUUCAAAGAUCUUGCAAUUGCUCAAUACUUAGAGAAUCAAGUGGGUUUUGAAAAGUGGGCUCGUUCUUUCUUUCCUGGUCAUCGAUAUAAUUUAAUGACUACAGGUAUUGCCGAAAGCUGGAACAAUGUCAUUGCUGAGGCACGUGGGUGGCCAAUUACUUGUCUCAUGGAAUUUAUGAAGCACACUUUACAAAAAUGGUUUUUCGAGCGUCGAACUGCAGCAUCAGCGGCUACAAGUCCUCUUGCCACAGAAGUGGAAGCUGAUUUGCGAAAGUUAGCAGACAAGUCCACUACCUCGUUCUCUUUUCCGUCUAGUCAGUAUGAAAUAACAGUAUUGGAUGGUGAUCUUGAUGGAGAUGUUGACCUGAGGAGGAAAACAUGUAGUUGUAGAAGAUUUGAUUUGACAGGUCUUCCUUGUGAACACGCUCUAGCUGGUGCUCGAGAUCGUGGCAUUAGUCCAUAUAGUUUAUGCUCCAGAUUCUACACAGUUGAAGCGUGGUUGUCAUCCUAUGGUGGAUCUGUAUAUACGCUGGGUAAUGAAGAAUCUUGGGUGAUACCAAAUGACAUAGGAAGUAUGAUGAUAGCUCCUCCUUUAGUGAAGCAGAAGGCUGGUCGUCCAAAGAAGAAACGACGUUUAUCAAAGGGCGAGAAGAAUAGCAAACAACAUAGAUGUAGUAGAUGUGGUGUCCUGGGCCACAAUCGAGUGACGUGCACCAUUGUUUGUCCCCCGCCGUCUAGACAUGCUUAG